AUUGUUAAAUGUUUGCGGUGUGUUAGGCCCAAAACUUUUUGAGAAAGGUACAUAUGAAAUUGGGUUUUUACUGGAGAAAGGAAGGGACUAGGGUUAUCGGAGCGACACGUCGGAGAAAAGACGUGGCGGUGAGUGGGAUGCACCUCUGGUAGCAGGACUCUGGCGUACACGUCAGCGAAGCAUUCCUGAACCAUUGUCGUGUCGUGUGUGUUCCUUAACGUUGCGUUGUCAUUUAUCAUCGUGAGUUUGGGUUUUUGUGUGUGUCUCUCCACCCCUGCUUGAUUCCCUAUUCGAUCGAAUUAGGGGUUUUCUUCUCAUUAAUUUUUCUCUCUGCACGUUCAAAUCCAAUCCAAUGUCUCUCCCUGACUCUCCUGUGCCCGAUGAUAUCGAGACCGAUCCAUCCGAAGAAGAGGAAGAAGUCGAAGAAGAAACAGAGGAGGAGGACGAAGCUGAAGAAGUGGAAGAGGAGGAGAUUGAGGAAGAAGUAGAGGAGGAAGAUUUUGAAGAAGAGGUAGAGGAGGAAGAGGUCGAGGAAGUAGAUGAGGAAGAGGUCGAGGAAGUAGAUGAGGAAGAGGUCGAGGAAGUAGAGGAGGAAGAGGAAGUGGAAGAGACGGAGUUAGAAGAAGAGGAAGACGAAGAGGGAGAGGGAGAACAAGAAGUAGAGGAAGUGGAGGUAGAGGAAGAAGAGAUAGAGGGAGAAGAAGAAGAAGAAGAAGUAGAAGUUGAGGUAGAAGAAGAGGAAGAGGGAGAACAAGAAUUAGAAGAAGGGGAGGAAGAAGUCCAAGAGGAUGAAGGAGAAGAAGAGAAACAAGAACAAGAAGCACUGGAGGAUAAUAAAGAAGACCAACAACAGAAACAAAAAGAAGCAGUGGAGGAGAAGAAGGAAGAGCAACCACAACAACAAGAAGCAGCAGCGAAGGAGAAGAAGGAAGAGCAACGACAGCAACAAGAAGAAGCAGUGGAGGAGAAGAAGAAAGAGCAAGAACAGCAACAAGAAAAAGCUAUGGAGGAGAAGAAGAAAGAACAACAAUUGAAACAAGAAGCAAUAAAAGAGAAAGAGGGACAACAAAAAGAAGCAGUAAGGGAGGACAGAUUGGCGGUGACAGGUUCUCCAUCCGAUGCUGAUUUGAGCCUACAAAUGGAGUCUAAGGAACAAGACAAAAACUUGGGGCCAGAUUAUUCUGUGGCUGAAAACCCUGAAGUAAUUCCACCAUCUAGUGUGCAUUGCAUGGAAGAGACUGAUGCCAUGCUCAAAAUAUCUGUUCCUUCAUGUGAGAUACUGACAUUGAGAAAGGAAGAGCUUCACCUGAAAUAUGACAUUUCAAGUCAUUCGAAAUCUAGAGAAAAUCUGACUAAUGUUGAAAAUUGUAGAAGUCAAGGACUAGAAGUUGAUGUUGAAAAUGCUGGAUCCCUUCUACAGAAGGAAACACAGGGUGGAUACAGUGAGUUAGGUUGCAAUAGCAAGGCUAAUUUAUGUGAUGAUAAUGAUAUUGAUUCCAGGGUCAGGGCCACCAAGUCAUCUAGUGAUACUGGACAAGUUAUGGUCAAUUGCCUGCUUCCAAAAGAUUGUAUUGUUGAGGAUGCUAGUGGUGGUCAGAGUUCUAGGAACAAUAUCAAGCAGUUAGAGAGGGAGGAGUCAAGGGAUGAUAUGAAGCAAACACUGUCAAGGACUAGAAGUAUGUCUCCCAGUGCUGAGAUUAAAAACACAAACAAACGACCAAAAAUUAUAUGUGAUUUUUUUGCUAAAGGAUGGUGUAUCAGAGGUAGUUCUUGUAGCUUUCUUCAUAUAAAAGAUACUGUGGAUAAGACAGAUCAGGAGGCUGAAGCUGACUUAGUUACUGCUCAUCAGAAGAGAAAAUUGAAAGUGGAAGAAGGUGUUAAGGACAAUGUUCAGAGAAUAAGGAUGAAUGAGCAAGAACAAACUCCUAGUUGGCAUCCAUCUCAAGAAAAACAGAACUUUACGCUGAGGGACAACUUGUUUCCAGAGAAUAGAUUUGCAUUUAGUUCAACAAGCAAUUAUUUCAACCUAAAUCAGGAUGGAAUGACUACUCUUCGGAACCAACAUAUAUACAAAGGACAUGCUUCCACUCUUUUGAACCAUUCACCAAAUUCAAGCCUGGUUACUCAAUUUCCAUCUUCAAGUAUGUCACUCUCUCACCGGAUUUCUUCUCAAUCAGCAUGCUCAUUGCCUUUUAGUUCAUCUUUGGGGGCUGGUACCCAAAAGAUUUUGAGCACUGAUAAAGAAUAUCUCACAUUUAAGUCCACUUUCUCUGGUUCAGGGCGGGAGGAUUUUCGUCUAGUUAGUUCUUCCAGCGUUCCAUCUUAUCCCACUGGAUAUAAAUCAAAACUCUGUUCUUAUGAUUGGGAACCUUCUGUGCCCUUCCGGCCUUCCUUUUUUAUUACUCCCAUGAAUGUAUCAUCUCCUGGAGAUCUUUAUGAUCCUCUUCGCGAUAGCAUUGAGAUACCUAAUAUAGGGGAUGGGUCUUUGAAGGCUUCCCUUUUAAUUCAAGGAUCUAACGUACUGGCUUCAUCACAGGCUCCGAUUUAUGGUGAUUCUGCUGUGAUUGGGAAAUACACGUCCAGUGUUAAUGAUGACAAAAGUUCUGUAUCUUCUCAUAAUAAACUUUAUGAAAAUGAGCCAAACAAAAACUCUGUUCCUCAUGAAAAGAAUACUGAAACAGAGAUAACGUCAGGAACUUGUGUAAACUAUCAAAAUGGUAAAAUUGGCACGGGACAAAAUACCUUAGGUGUUGCAGAUAGUACAAAAAAGGAGAGAGAAAUGACUGAGCAUGAUGCUAGACGACAUGGUGAAGGAUCAGGGCACAAAACAAAGAGAGGAGACAGGGAUAAGAAAAAUCAUGAAAUAGAUGUUGACUUUCAGAUGGAUGGCACCAUGCAGAAGGAACCAAAGGCACUAAAAAUGUUACGUGCAGCUCUUGUUGAUCAUGUAAAAGAGUUGUUAAAACCAGUUUGGCAUGAGGGUCGUCUUAGCAAGGAUGCACAUAUUAUGAUAGUCAGAAAAUCAGUUGACAAGGUUGUUAGCACCAUAGAGCCCCAUCAGAUUGCUACCAUAGAUACUGCCAAGCAAUAUGUUUCUUCAAGUCGGGCAAAAAUUGCAAAGCUGGUCAAUGGAUAUGUCAACAAAUAUGGCAAAUCUUGAUAUGCAAGCCAAAACACUUUUUUGUACAGUUCCUGAUCAAUUGCCUGGUCGUAGUUCAUGAAAAGUUCUGUCUGAGGCUCUAUUUUUCAUAAAGAAGGCAAAGAACACUGCAAGCCGGGAAGAUCUAUGAAAUCUGACUGCAACAACGUAAUAGAGAAUGUGUCUGUUGACAGCAUGCAGUGAUAGCUAUGUCUUGGAUACCAAUGCCAAGAGCAGACUGCAAAGACUUGAGGAACUGGGUGGAUUUGUGAUCAAAAUCUGAUUUGUUUGGAUGGCGAGUUCUUGUGGCCGAAGUUGACCAAUGGAAAUAAGCUUGUCAGCUGGAGUGAUCUUGAUUGAAUGGCAGCAGAAUUCAAGUUUGCUAUAGUGCUUGCAAAUUCAAAUUCGGGGUCAUGCUUGCUGACCACGUAGUGUCAGCCCGGUUAGGAGAAGGGGGCUUUGGUUGAUGGUCUUGAAUAGAAGAAACAAGGCCACAAAAAGAGAUCGAGUCCAAUGAAUAUGCAAUGCUAUCAUACGCAACAUUGGAGGUGACCUUGUUUCCUUCCAUUGAUUUGUAACCUAGACGGCUAUGUUGGAUGAAACCUUGUAUAUUUAUGCAGAAACUCGCCAGACUUUGGGACCUCACUUUAAUUCAGUUGGAAUGUGGUAUGCCGGGUCGAAAUUGUUAUUGGUAUUGGCGUUGGGGAUACGCCAAUACGCAUAUUUAAUUUUAGGGGUAUUUCCUGAGAAGUUAACAUGUUGGAUCAAGAAAGAAUGAUAAAUCAUAAUUGGUGAACAUAGAUAACGUUACACAGGGGGCAUGAUCUGUACAUUAUCUUUUAUCAACAUUCUUUGAUGCAAUACGUUGCUAAUUGAACUUAAGUUUGUGUAUGAAGUUUGUCAUCUUUAGUUCGAGGUUUGUAACAUCUUCCAGUUGGCCCGUAUAGAUGGCAGGUGUUGGAUACAUUGAGGAGUCUGAAUUGCCUAUAUUGGUGGAUAUUUCCAAGA